GCUGGAGGACCCAGAAUAUUGCCGGGUGACAAAAACAACCGCAGCCGUUGUUUCGCGGAGCUAUGGCGGCCGUGCGAAGCCUGCGGGUGUCGGUGAAAUCAGACAGCGGCUCCGACCGCUCGGAAUCAGACUCAGACUCCGAGUCGGACCGUGAUGCCCGCGAAGCCGAGCCGAUGGAGGUGGAGGAGGGAGAGCUGGAGCCGGAGGACAUCUCCGUGAACCGCUCCCUGAAGGAGCUGCUGCCGGACACAAGUAGACGUUAUGAGAACAAAGCUGGGGCAUUCAUCACUGGGAUCGAUGUCACGUCAAAGGAGGCUAUCGAGAGGAAAGAGAAACGAGCGAGGCGUUUUCAUUUCCACGGUGAGGUCAGCAUUGGCCAGAGGAACGUUUUUCUCGAUAGAGACAUCAUGAAGAAAGUGAUUCCCAAAUUGCGUCUGGAGGCUAUCUACGUAACUGGAGUGGACGACAUGAGCACACAGGAUGUGUUUGGAUAUUUUAAAGAAUAUCCACCAGCUCACAUCGAGUGGAUCGACGAUACAUCCUGUAACGUGGUCUGGCUUGAUGAUGACACCUGUGUCCGAGCGCUCAUCAACACCAGCCGGAUGCCUGACCCUGAGGCUGUCACCACGGAGACAGAAAGCAGCAGCCAGCCGGGGGAACAGAGUAAAGGUCGACUGAGUCAAAGGUCAGAUGACGAGGAUGAUGAUGAAGAGGAGGAGGGAGAGGUGGAUGAGGAGGAAACGGAGAAGAAGAGCGAUGAGGAGGCUAAAGAUGGAAGCGCAGAGACGAAGACAAAGACGGAGCACGGACAGGUGGACGAUCUGUCAGGAGCCGAGAGAGAAUCUCUGUUCAGAAACGACCUGCGACCUGCCAUCAAACCAUUCAAAGGAAACAAACUGUUCCUACGUUUCGCAACACAAGAUGAUAAGAAGGAGCCGGGCGCUGCUCGUCGCAGCAGAUACUACAUGAAGUACGGAAACCCCAACUACGGAGGCAUGAAGGGAAUCCUCAGUAACUCCUGGAAGAGGAGGUAUCACAACCGCAGGAUCCAGAGAGAUGUCAUCAAGAGUAAGAAGCCUCUGAUUGGAGACAGCAUGGGACACACUCCACCCUACACACACCGACACUCCGCUGACCUGGUCAACCUGCCCGAGGAGCCCAUCAAAGAGGAAGAGGAGGAGGAGGAAGAGGACGGAGACGAGGACAUGGACUCAGACGACCGGGUGGUGGAGUACAGGGAGCGAGGGGACAGGGGCGGCAGCUCGCGGUCGCUGGGGGCGGGGCUUCAGAGCCGGGUCGAGCGUUCCCCGUCUCCGUGGUCGGAGUCGGACGAGAUGGACUACGACCUGGAGCUGAAGAUGAUCUCCACCCCGUCACCGAAGAAGAGCAAGAAGAUGACGAUGUACGCUGACGAGCUGGAGGGUCACCUCAAGAGCAUCCGGAACCGCAUCGGAGGUUCAGGGUCUCAGAGCAGGAAGUCUACGUCUCCUAGUAAAGUGACCGACGUGCGGCAGCUGCUGGAGGAGAAAAGACAAGGCCUGAACCAGCACAGACAGCCCCCCCCAGUCGCGUCAGGCGGGAAGACAGACGUACGGCAGCGUCUUGGGAAGAGGCGUUAUUCCCCCGACAGACGACGCUCCCCCUCCCCCGUCUCUCAUAGAGACACGCCCCCAGUCAGAGAGCCAAUCAGAGACGUGCACCGCAGACUGGGUGUGGUCAGCCAAAACAGCAGAAGCCUCUACUCGAACUCAUCCAAAGACAGAAAGACAGGUCUGUGGAGCCGACUGGGAUCCACAGACGACGACAGCAGCAGCUCCGGACACCACGACCGACAGCCCUCUGGCCUUUUCUCCUCUGGGAGAAGCAGCAGCAGCGGCGGUGGUGGUGGUGGCGGUGGUGGCGGCGGCAGCAGCAGCAGCAGGACCACCAGCAGGAAACGAGGCGAGGGACAUGCGGAAAAGGAGGAGGAAGAAGAGGAGGAAGAGGAAGACGACUCGACGCUGCAGAGGAUGUGGGGCGCCAUGAUCAAACAGAAACAGGAGCGACUGUCGCACAAGAUGAAGAAGAGCCGCCUGGACAACCUGCCGAGUCUGCAGAUCGAGAUCAGCCGCGACAGCAGCGAUGACUCCGACGCCUGAACGCAAACUCACAAAGCAUCAUGGGAAAGAAACACCCACAGUCAAUCAUUCCUUUUGUUACCGUGGAGACGUCGAACACUGUCAGCCAUCGUUACGAUUUUUUUUUUUUUUUUUUUUGAAGUCAUGACGAUGCUUCGGUGUCGUCUUGUUCGUCCACACAGUGACCAACCCUCUGUCCGCUUCUUGUCGUAUUUGUGUUGUCAUGGCAACCAUACACAACCCUCACUUUCUACGCAGUGUUUUUUUUUUUUUUAAGUUCCCCAGUGUUCAGCCAUGAUGCAGAGAGAAAAAAAAAACUGAAAGGCAACGAACUGUCAAACAUUUAGUUUCCAGAUGUGAGGAGAUGUGCGAUCGUUUUCCUUUCUGUGCGUCUGUGGACGUGGAUGCUGUCUGUCUGUGUUAGAUUUAGUUCUGUUGGGUUUUUUAAGACACAUUCAGUGACAACAUGACAGCACCUCAUCAAUUUAUCCCAAAAUGUUGUCAAAAUAAAAAGUCAGAAUAAAACAGAUUCUACUUUACACAUGAUUUUGAUAAUCAGAUCAUUGUUCACAACCCGAUUGCCAGAAAUGUGCUACUGUUUGUUUCUGCAGACCACAGAUACGUAUAAUACCAGUGUCAUAUCUGACAGAAAAUACAGACUUUGACAUCAGACUUCACAUCCUGAGUCCUGUAAAAUUUUAGGUUUAGACAAUAAUAAGCAUUUUGGUUUGGGUUUGAAAAAGACUGUUUAGAAUAUUAAUACACAUCAUCUUUUUUAAGUACUUAUAAUUUAAAUCUAUUUUCUAAUUUAAACCAAACUAUCUUAUGUCUAAACUGAAUCAUGGAAAUCAUUUCUUACAUGAAAACAGUUUUUGUUACAGACGGUUGAAAAGCGCAUUUAAAACAGUAUCAACAAAUGAUAUGAAAUGUAUUUUUGUGACACACUGGUUUUUACCCUCAGCCCUCGCUGCAGGGUAUUGUCAUCAGUUUGUCGUCCGUCUGUCUGUCUGUCCGUCCGUAUGUGGAAAAACUUUGCUGUGCACCGGCAUUUCUCAGCUGGGGGUGGGGGGGGGGGCAGCAGAUGAUCAAGUCAAUGCUAAGGAAACCCUGGUGUGGACUGAAGGCCAAGGGUUUUCAAGUGCGGGCUGGUUCUGUUAUACGUAUCCACUGAUUGUAAAACAGACAUAGUGGGCAACUGGGUUGUGAUUCGAUCAGCUUCUUCUAAACAUCAGCUACUUGUCUUCAUCACAUGUGCUGUAAAUAAAGAAUAUUUUCUUUUUGGA